GAGAAUGAAGUAAUAUAACCGCCGUUAAACUAAAGAAGAAGAACGAAGUAACUCUCUAGAGUCCGAAAAUAUAUCGCCAUAAAACAAUUAAAUAAAUAAAACACCGAAAGACUAGACGCAUACCUCCCCCAGCGGUAUACUGUUUGGCAGGCCGAGCGGAUCGGAAUUGUGACAGUGCAGUUGUGGCAGAACAUACCAUCAGGUUAAUGGGGAUGUUUCUCUAGCUAACUUCCGCCUAAAAGACGCAAAGACAAAAUGGCGUGUGGUCUAUGAGAAGGCCUUUGCUUUAGUCAUAAGUACAAUUAUAAUACGGAUGCUUUAGCUAGAAGGUUUGUUACAGUCAUUGACAAGUUGUUUAAACAAUAUCUGGACAUCUCUCCUUGGAUAGUGCUGACGAAGUUCACAACUGGAUUCAACAUCCCUGUGCCGGCAGUGUUGGAAUCGGCAUGGAAUCUGCAGAUAAAAACGAUGAGCAAAUGAACAAUGAGCAACCUGGGCCCUCCCAAAGCUCUCUGCCUUUAGAGACUGUUGAUGAUGCUUCACUCUCCCAGGAUACUUCACUCUCCCAGGACUCUGGUGACAAACCGUCAAGUACAUUGAAUCUGUACGCUGCUCUUGGGCUGUCUCCUGAGGAUGUGGUCGCUCUGGCACAGAUCCCAGAAAGUGAGAUAAGCAUAGAAACCUUACCACACCUUAUUAUGCAGCUGAAGGCCAAGCAGGCUCAGUGUGGUGGGCAGACAGUGACCUCUCCACCAAAAGAGGAAUUGCCCAAUGACCAAGAGGCUGACAGCACUGAUGGUCUACCGCAGAAAUCAACAAGCAAAAAUGAGAGCCCGGAGCAGUUGGGGCAUGUACGGAGCAGGAGGGAGCCUCGUCAUUACAAGUCUUCCAAUGAGGGCAGUCCGCCAAAGUUUCCCAUGUCCUAUCAGACAGAUGAUUUUCGUGGAGUUCUGCCAAGAUCUUUUCCACACACAUGUUCUCUGUGCCAUUGCAUAUUGUAUUCUGCUGCAACGUGGAAUGACCACCUCAAUGGAUCACGCCAUGAGGAAAGCCGCCGCAAACUCUUGCGAACACAUCCAGACUGGCACCCACAUGAUACUCCUGGUAGAGGACUGGACUCCCAUUCCGGUGGGGAUGCCCUUCCUGUCAGAAGGGACUCCAGAUCAUCCUCAUCGCGUAGGAGACCAUACCCCACAGAUAGUGGCCCAGGCGAGCAGCACUUCCCUCCAUCAGACAGAAUCCUCCAUCUUAAGCCCAAGGCUGGUACAAAAGUGGUCGUGACCAAGUUUCCUCAAGGAACUGUUGGUGUACAGGAUUUGCUCAGUCUGGCAAAGCCAUUUGGCACGGUCGUUAAACAUCUGAUUUUCCCAUGCAAGGGUUUCCUGGAAUUUAGCUCAAACAAAGAAGCAGUCAAUAUGGUGUCUCAUUAUGCUACUAAACCGCCUUAUGUGAAGGAUAACAAGUUGGCCCUGUACUUGUCUCCAAUGGUUGCGAGUAUCCAUACACCAAGGUUGGAUAAAGCCGAGAAGCGUCCAAAACGGUCCAGUCAUGGAGCCGUGUGUUUCUCACACCUUCCCUCUGAUAAAGAAAGUGAGCCGGAACUCCUUGAAGUUGCCAAGAUGUUUGGGGAAGUGCGAUACUCUAAAGUUUAUAAAAAUGAGGUUGUUAUUGAAAUGGAAGAUUGGUAUGAUGCUGAAGUCAUGGUGAAGUACUAUCAUACCAAUCCACUCAAGAUUUUUGGGAAGAACAUCAGGGUCAGCUUGUCACCCUUUCACAAGAAGUUGAGAUUAAGUCCUGACCCAUCCAGAAAAGGGGAUUCAAGCAGAAGUUCCAGCAGUUUGCCCAAGAGCAAGGAAGCCUCCAGAAGCUCACAUGUCAAAAGCAAAGAAGAAUCGUCCUUGCAGAAAGAUUUGACUGAGGAAAAAUAUGAUGAUGUGGGAGAUGAGAGGGCCGUGGAGGAACAUGAGCACAUGGACGUGAGUUUAGACAGUGGUGCCGAAGAUGAACAAGGCAUGAAGGUAGAAGAUGACCAGGUCAAUUCAGAAGAGGAUUUGGGGCAAGGUGAUGCAGUAGAUGAACAGAUUCUCAAAGAGCCCUUAGUGGAGACUAACGCUAAUGCUAAUGCUAAAGGCUCGGAGGGCUUGGAUGUGGAAAUGGAUCAGAACUUGGAGGAGAUCACAGUUGAAGAAAAACCACCAAUGAAUUCACAAGAAAAUCCAGAUGAGGCCUCAACUUCUCCAGGUCCCGCUGAAGAACCAAAAUCAGUUGACAAUCCUGAGGAAAUGGAGGAAAUGGAGGAAAAAAAGGAUGUAACCGAAGACAACGAAAAUGAUGAAGAUGAUAUGGAUUUCCCGGAUAACAUGGAUGAUUUUGUUACUUUGGAUGAGCUUGAUGAUGAUGCUGAUGCUGGAGAGAAAGAAGAUUCAGAGGAGACAUCCAAGGUAGAGACUGAUAUGUUAGUCAGUCCAUGCCCAAUCCUGUCUACAAAGGGAGGAAAGGUUGUUGCAGUGUGGCGUAUCAGAAAGGGAUACGGAUUGGAGGACGCGCUUGUCAAACUUGCAGAACCUUUUGGGAGAGUCACAAACCAUGCAAUAUCUUUUUACAGACAAGAGGCUUUGUUGGAGCUGGAAAGUAAUGAAGCAGCAGAUAGAAUGGUUAAAUUCUAUCGAGGAAGCAAAAAAGCCACGAUCUUUGGAAGACAUGUAUCUGUUAGUAUGUGUCUCACAUUGCAACAAUUAGAGGGUCCAAGUGGAAGAUCAAUCUAUAUCGGCAUGCUUCCACUGCAGAAGUACUCUGAUAUCUCCCUCUUGAGGCUUGCUCAACCUUUUGGAAAAAUCAGUGCCUAUCACUUAAACUGGCGUCAUAGAAAGUGUUUUAUCCAAAUGGAGAGUGCGGAAGCAGCAGAGAAAAUGGUUGAGAAGUACUUGGAGCAGCCUCCUAAGUUUUAUGGCUCCGUGUUACGGAUUUGUUUGUGCAGGAAAGGAGAUUCCCAGAUACCUUGGCAAUUGCCUGUCAAGUAUGAGCUGUGGUGUGAGCAGCAGAAGACGAGAAAAACCCUGAAGGACAAAGCGAAGGUGGAGGCGGAGGCACAGGCAGAGAACGGCCAAUCCGCAGAAAGCCCUGCUGCAAAGAAGAGCGCCACUGACGAUGGUGCCCAGAGUACUGUCUCAGACAGUGAGGGAGCUGUCAGUGGCUCUGACAGAACAGAUGGGCAGAACAAAGAGGAGGAAGUGGAACAAAGAUCUGAUGAGGUCCCAGUCCCUCUGGGGCCAUACAAACCCAACAAUCCAGUAGGGAUAGACUACAUUGUCCAAAGAACUGGUUUCUUCUGCAAGCUCUGUAAGGUCUUCUACACCAAUGAAAAAACAGCUAAAUCUCUCCACUGCAGCAGCCUGGCGCAUUAUCAGAAACUAAAGAUGACGCUGGCAGAAGAUCAUCCAAAUGAAUGAGUUUUGCAUUUGUGCAGCUGGAGGAUCUCUUUGUCAAAUGAGUUUCUGUUCUGUUUAAAAUUUAAACAUUCCAGUCUUUAUCUCGUUCACAGUGAUUUCAUUUAAUAGGAAAUAUGCUUUGUUGUAGGUUUUCUGUUUACGGCAGUACAUGUGUGAGUUCACACAUUGCAGCUGCUUGUCAAAUAAACAUUUAUCUGAA